GUACAACAAAAGUUGACAACAACCAUACAAUUUGAACUUACAUGGUAUGAUGAUGGAAUGAAAUGGCCAACUUCCAAACUGUCAGGAAUCUCUAAAAUACUCAUGCCACAGAAUGAUUUGUGGAAGCCGGAUCUAGCUUUGCUGAACAGUUUUACGUCGUUGAGCGCAAUGGGCAGCAAGUUUAUGUUUGUCGUGGUUGAAAAUACUGGUAAAUGCACGUGGAAACCAUACCAGAUUCUAGAAAGCACGUGUCAGGCAGACAUGACGAAUUAUCCGUAUGACACACAAGAAUGCGAUCUCAAGUUCAGCACAUGGUCAUCAACUUCCGACCAGGUUCAAACUAUUGUUGGCUCUGCUGGUAUGCGAAUACACGAGAAUUUCGUGGAGAACGCAGAAUGGAAACUGGAAGGUGUAUCUCAAAGAAACGAAACUAUAAACGGUCAACUUACAGCUGUGUUUACAUUAAGACUAAAACGAAACCAUUCAUUUAUCGUGUUCUAUGUGACAAUUCCGGUUAUUUUGCUUUCCCUAUUGAAUUCGCUAACAUUUGCUCUACCGGUGUCAGCAGGAGAAAAGUCAGGCUAUGCGAUAACGGUGUUCCUGUCAUUUUUAAUUUACGUGAUAGUCACUUUUCAGAAAAUGCCCGAUAGUUCUGACACUAUUUCUCUUUUUGCGAUUUAUGUUUUGAUAUUGACUGGGAUGAGUAAUUUAACAGUGAUUAUUUCUGUCUUAGAAAUAAGGAUGAUGGAAUUGAAGACUAAACAUAAACCAAUGCUACAAUGUACCAUCUCAUUUACAAAAAUGAUACUAAAUUUGCAACACAGAUUUUUGUGCAUAAAGGAAGAAAUGGAUGAAAAACGCUAUUUACAGGAACAGAUGGAAAGUACACAAAGAAAAAGUGUUGCGAAUGAUGAUGACGAUGACGAUGACGAUAUUGAGGAAGAGGAUAAUACAUGGCCAGAAUUCGUUUCUGCUUUAGACUUUGUCUGUUUCUGGGUGUUUUUUAUUGUUUCACUUUCGCUGGCAGUUGGCUACAUGGUUUAUCUAGCGACACAAUAGAAUAUAUAAACAUUUUGCCAAUCUAUAAUUGUACACAAUUAUUGUAACCUAUUACAUAUACUCUAUUGCGAAAGAAGAAAAGCGCACUGUAGCCACCCCGCCUUUCUUUCUCCAUCCCCUCUUAAAAGAGUAAUUGCUCAUCAUUCAAAUUGUCUCCUAGAUUUUAUUUUUGUAUUUGCUUGCAAUUUGUUCAUGUUUAUGAAAUAAUUUUGCUGUCAGAAAAGACUGAUUGUCGAAAUAAAAAGUUUACAUUCAAUUUUUAUUUCAUUCAGUAACUAUUUUGUUGUGACUUUUCAAAAUAAUGUUUACCGUUAUCUGUAAAGAUCUAUACACGCUUGAUUUUGGUACACGGUAAGUUUAUAAUCAUUUUUUGAAAGCUGAAAGUUGCAUGAUCCUCAUAAAUGUUCAGUUAGGUGGUAGGUUUUCAAACAUACAACGAUAUGUUUUGUUGUUAUGGACAUAUUCAUACUUUUUGACUUGAAGUUGUACUGGGGUUAGAAUCAAUUACUACACAUGUGGACUGAUAGUAACGGUGAUUUCUGAAACUGUCAUGAUGAUUAUCCAUUGCAUACGGCUUUUACCUCUACGCAUAGUUGGGGAGAUAAGGUUCCGACAUUGUCCUUAUACAGUGAUGAGAGUGAAACUGUU